CUUGCGCAUUACUUACAUCUACAAUUUAAGUCUAAGUAAAUGACUCUAAGGCUUCGUCUAUUCAAGUCAAUUGACGCUUGUCGGAUGUUGUUAGUCGUAAAAGAUGGGACCUGACCAAUUCAAACGACGCCCAGCAAUUGACAUCGACAGUCGACAUCGACAGUCGACAUCGACAUCCGACACAAAAAAUGAAGUUCAACCAGACGUAUGCAAUGGAUGCCAUAUUGCUUGUCAAAUGGGUCACGCGCUGAUUGGCUCAGAAAUUGAACGAGUGCGCAACAUUGAGAAUGCUACAUCUUGCUUUUUACACUAUGCUUCUGACUGCAAAUUUUCUCCCCAAUUUUAUAUAAAAUCUUUUUAUGUGAACAGGAUUGCUCACAUUUUGUGCAUAUUAUAAAAUGCCUACCACAUGCAGUGCUCCAAGAUGCACGAAUUCUAAUAAAGACGGAUAUUGCUGCACAAUGUUUGCCCAAGAUCCUAAAUUGAAACAAAAAUGGAUUGAUGCUGCCGGAAUUCCUGAUUGGAAACCUUCAAAAUCAGCUGUACUAUGUGAGGUUCAUUUUCAUUCAUCAGAAUUAUUUCGCGUUGGUAGCAAAAAACUUAUAAGGAAAGGUGCCAUACCAAGUUUGUUUUGCAAAUGUCAACAACCUAUGAAAAGGAAAUCUCUUGCAGAAAUUCAACCAGAACAGCAAUAUAAUGAAUCAAUUGAAUUUCUUCCUCACAAAAAAACAGAAUUAAGGAGUGACCAUUCAUAUGUUGCUGUAGAAAAUUCUGAGAAACAAGAAAAAAAGAGAUGUAAUAGAGAACAGUAUGUAAUUGAUGAAUUGCAAGAACAUAAUUAUUUUUCUCUUUCAAAAAAAAGAAAAUCUAUUGAGUCACGUAAGAAGUAUGUCCAUACUACACAUUGUGUUAUAAUGAAAAAACCUAUUAAUAUAAAUACAUUGGAGACAUAUCAAUAACCUGAAGAGAAAAAUUACAAAUCAAAUUCUAAUCUAGACAUACAUAUAUCAUCAGAAUGUAUUGAAAAAAA